GGGCGGCGGCGGCGGCGGCGGCAGCGGCAGCGGCUGCGGCCACGACCCAGACAUCUGGGACUGUUGUUGUUCUCUCGGCGCACGCCCGCCUCAGUCAGAUCACCCAGAGACCCAGACCUGGUCCGCCGGGGCGCGGGCGGAGGUAUCCGCCCUCUCUCUCGGUUCUCUAGAGCUACGACAGGAGGUGGCACUCACACGCUGCAGCUGGUCUCCGAUGCCCUUCAGUGAGGAGGGGGAGUCCGGACCCUGGUGAGCACAUCCAGGUUCCCAGUUGGGUGUCUUGGCCGGCCGCUCAGGCCCGCAUAUCCACGUCUCGCUGACAUGGCUGAAAACGCAGAGGGAGACCUGAACUCCAACCUGCUCCACGCCCCCUACCGCACCGGCGACCCUCAGCUAGACACGGCUGUCGCGCAGUGGCUUCGUUGGGACAAGAAUCCUAAAACAAAAGAGCAGAUUGAAAAUCUUUUACGGAAUGGGAUGAACAAGGAGUUGCGAGAUCGUCUUUGCUGCCGAAUGACUUUUGGCACUGCAGGACUUCGUUCUGCUAUGGGGGCAGGAUUUUGCUAUAUUAAUGACCUUACAGUAAUACAAUCAACACAGGGGAUGUACAAAUACCUUGAGAGAUGUUUCUCAGACUUCAAGCAGAGAGGCUUUGUUGUUGGAUAUGACACUCGGGGUCAAGUAACUAGCAGCUGCAGCAGCCAGAGGCUUGCUAAACUCACUGCUGCAGUCUUGCUGGCUAAAGAUGUUCCUGUGUACCUUUUUUCAAGAUAUGUUCCUACACCUUUUGUACCAUAUGCAGUCCAGGAGCUCAAAGCAGUUGCUGGUGUGAUGAUUACUGCAUCUCACAACCGCAAGGAAGACAAUGGAUACAAGGUUUAUUGGGAAACUGGUGCUCAAAUCACAUCUCCUCAUGAUAAAGAAAUUCUGAAAUGUAUAGAAGAAUGUGUCGAACCCUGGAAUGGUUCCUGGAAUGAUAAUUUAGUGGACACUAGUCCACUGAAGAAAGAUCCUCUGCAGGACAUUUGCAAGAGAUACAUGGAAGAUCUGAAAAAGAUCUGUUUUUACAGGGAAUUAAACUCAAAGACCACAUUGAAAUUUGUGCAUACAUCCUUUCAUGGUGUCGGACAUGACUAUGUGCAGUUGGCAUUUCAAGUGUUUGGUUUUAAGCCUCCAAUUCCAGUACCAGAACAAAAAGAUCCCGAUCCAGACUUUUCUACUGUUAAAUGCCCAAAUCCUGAAGAAGGAGAAUCUGUACUGGAACUUUCUCUGAGACUGGCAGAAAGAGAAAAUGCCCGGAUAGUGCUAGCCACAGAUCCUGAUGCAGACCGACUGGCAGUGGCAGAACUUCAGGAGAAUGGUCGUUGGAAAGUCUUCACAGGAAAUGAGCUGGCAGCAUUAUUUGGAUGGUGGAUGUUUGAUUGCUGGAAGAAAAAUAAACCAAGAAAUGCUGAUGUGAAGAAUGUUUAUAUGUUAGCCACUACUGUCUCUUCUAAAAUUUUGAAGGCAAUUGCACUUGAAGAAGGAUUUCAUUUUGAAGAAACAUUACCAGGUUUUAAAUGGAUUGGAAGUAGGAUCAAAGAUCUCCUGGAAAAUGGGAAAGAAGUCCUUUUUGCAUUUGAAGAGUCUAUUGGUUUUCUGUGUGGAACUUCGGUUUUGGAUAAAGAUGGGGUAAGUGCAGCCGUUGUUGUUGCUGAGAUGGCGUCUUACCUGGAAACCAUGAAUAUAACAUUGAUGGAGCAACUGAUUAAGGUUUAUGAAAAAUAUGGUUAUCACAUGUCAAAAACUUCAUAUUUCUUGUGUUAUGAUCCACCUACCAUCAAAAGUAUAUUUGAAAGGCUUCGCAAUUUUGAUUCUCCAAAAGAAUAUCCAAAAUUUUGUGGAACAUUUGCUAUAUUGCACAUACGGGAUGUUACCACUGGAUAUGACAGCAGCCAGCCUAAUAAAAAAUCAGUGCUGCCUGUGAGUAAAAACAGUCAAAUGAUUACUUUUACUUUUCAAAAUGGAUGUGUUGCUACUCUUCGGACAAGCGGGACAGAACCAAAAAUAAAGUAUUAUGCAGAGAUGUGUGCUUCACCUGACCAGAGUGAUACUGCGUUGCUAGAAGAAGAAUUGAAGAAACUCAUUGAAGCUCUAAUAAAGAAUUUUCUUGAGCCUAGUAAGAACGGACUGAUCUGGCGUUCUGUGUAGGGCACCUCGGCAUGUCAUGACUUUGCACUGGCAUAUGGAACAGACAACCCAAGACUCCAUGUGUUGAACCUCGUGUCAGCCUUCUCUUUCUCAUCUGGCCAAAUAUCUUUUUUCUUUUUUUUUUUUUCUUCUUUUCUUUUUCAUUUGUUCUGCUGACUAAAUGAAAAGUAUCAAUUUGAAAGUAAAAUGUCUGGAGGGAAAUGAAAUUCAAGUUUUUCAUAAUCUUGAAUGAAAAUCAUAACGUUAAAAUAUUAUAGUGAUAUAUCAUUACUGUUUAAAACUAAUAUUGUACUGAUUUUAAAGCAAAACAUAACAAUAUAAAAGUGAGUUUUCUUAUUGUAGUGUGAUUAAGCUUAGUUCUGUAUCUUGUAACUGUGUAUAGCAUGGUUUAAAAAAUGGGGUAAAUAUAUAAAUGUUAUGUAAUUACACUGGUAGCUAAGGUUAUUAAUUACUAAAAUUGACAAGAAAAUAAUACUCUUCCUGGAGCAUUAUGGAAAAGCAUCAUUGUUGUAUCAUGAGUAUUAACUUACAAAUUAGAGUAUUUGAAAUAGAGUAUUUAGUACUUCUAGUUUAGGACAGAUAUUAAGAUAUGUGGGUUUGCACCUCUGCUUCAGGUGCCCUUUUGGUGCAGUGUAAAUUUACUGUAUGUAUUAAAAACUUUGAUGUUUACUAAACAUAGAACAGUAGUGGCAACACUCCUAGUGGCUUUGUUCUUGUCAAAUUUCUCAGUGCCUUCUCAAGAGAGUGGUAUGAACUCAAACAAUGUUCCUGCAUUGAAUAUCAUUUUAUCAGUCAAUUUUCAGAUAGUUAAGAAAAAAAUCUUCCAAACUUUAUGGGUGCUUCCUCUAUAUCAAAUGGGUUUGUUGAUUUCAAAAAUCCUAUGAUUGUCAAAGAUGGUCUUUUUUUUUUUUUUUUUUUUUUGGUGUUGGUGGUUAGGGAGGUGCUAGGGAUAGAACCCAGGGCCUUGUGCAUGCAAGGCAAACAAUCUGCCAAUUUAGCUAUACUCCCAGCCCUAUCAGAGAAGGUCUUAAUAAAAGAAGGCUUAAUAUAACUAUAGUCAAGAGUUUUCAAGUUAGAAUUACAUAAGUUAUCUUAAUCUUUAGGUAAAGGAAAAAAAGGGGAACUAUAAAUGAGCUCUCAGUUUGACAGUCCAACAUUUGAAUCACCUGUUUGUAAGUAAAUUUAUUCUUUAGCUGAUGAAAUAAUGUUAAUUUUACUAAAAAAUAAAGCACCCAGAUUUUAAGUAUUAAUGAAACCCUAAAAUUACUGUUUAAAACUAACAUGAUGCUGACUUCUAGGGAAUUUUUGAUUACAUGAGGAGUAUUUAUCUUUUUUAAUAUGGAAAACAGUUGUUUAGGAAAGUCAUUUUUGGUUGAUUCUACAAUCUUCUAAAAAGAUUCAGUGCAGAAAUAGUUUAAUAUUCUUAAGAUGUAUUUUCUCUUGUACAGUUUGCAGAAUACAAAUGGCAUAAUUAGGAGGUAAGAAUAACAAGGCCUUGGGUGUAAUCACCUAAACAGGUUGACUAUGGGAGAUAGCACUGAUAUUAGAGAAAUUAUUUCCUAAACAUAAUAAUGACAAAGAUAUAAAGUUUGAAGUGAUUAGAAUGUCAUGGUUUGGUUUGUUACAGCUAUAAACUAACUUUUGAGCUGAUAUAAUCCAAACAUGACUUUAAAUUAUUGUAUUGCCACUAUUGUUAAUUUGUUCCUUCCUUGCUUUCUUAUAGCUGGAUCUUGUAUGACUCCAGGUAAUAGACAGGUAACUAUAUGUAGAGCACCAUUUUAUGAAUGAGUUUGUGUAGAAUUUUUAUUUAAAAAUGUUUAAAACAUUUUUUGUUUUAUUGGCUUUUAGUAAUGUAGACUGUAACUUAGGAAAUGGCAUAUAUUCUACAAAGUAUGAACAAUGUUAUAUAUAUAUAUGAAAAACAUGUAUAUUUGGUUUUGGUAUCUGUGUUUUAGAGAUUGUCAUAAAAUAUUUGAAAUGAAUUUAAAGCGAUACAACAACCCAUUCAGAACUACUAAAGCCAUGUCAUGAUUGUCCUUUUAUGAAGAAAAUAGUUUCAUUUUCUUGCUUUAAUAUAAAGUAACAUGUAAGUCAUCUUAAGGUGAAAAGUCAUUGAAGCUUGGAUUCUCAUCUCAAAAUUCUAAAUCUAAAGUUAAAAUUAACAAAAUUUUAUAAAGUUUCCUGAAUUAUAUAGAUCUAAGGAACUAUCUGAUUCUGUCCACACUCUUGAGUCUGUCUGAGCAUGAUAUUAACAUGAAUGUGACAUUGUUCACCUUGCAUUCAGAGACCUCCCAAGAGACAGAAAUGCAGGCCUGGGGUCUCAGCCUUGGGCCAUUUUUUUUUUUUAAAUAUUGUGGAAAUACGUAUAUUCUCAUUCUGCACAUAAAUCAAAACUGGUAUUUUCUGAAGCUUUGGGGAAAAGAAAAGAAGUAGGACAAGAUCAAAGCAUAAAUUAGAAAUAAAAAUUAAACAAUAUAAAGGGCAAUAAGACAGCACAUAAAAUACUUCUUAUGUGAAAGACAAACCUAACACCAUAAAAGUAGAAAAUAAAGUGUGUAUAAGGUUGUUUACUUGUGUUUAUUUGUUGUUAUGAUGAGCAGGCAGUGAACCUAUUGUUUAGUUUUAUUAUUCAAGUUUUGGGAGCUGAGAAAAAGUAUCCCUAUUAUGGAAUCAGUUCCUGCUAGGUAUUGUAUCAGAAUCAUGGGAGAACUUGGGAGGAGACAGAGCAAAAAUAAAAAAGAAUAAACUACAGAAAAAAUUCAAAUUCUGCCUGGAUACAUUUAAUUUUUAUACAAAUAAUACUUCCAAGAAAAAGUUCAAGAAUUUAGGUUCAUUUAACUCUAGAGAAAAGUAAGCCAUUGAGAUCAUUUACACUAAGUUAUUAAUCAUUAAUCAAUGUUUUUAUUGAAGGACUCAAAAUAAGAAGUACUAUUGCUAUACCAUUUUCCUUCUCUAGUGAGGAUAGACCAGAGGGAAUUUGGGAUUAAAAAAAAAUAGGCAGCAGGAAAUGUUUAAGAACUUUGGCAGAGAUUGUCAUAAAAAUCUAUUCUUUUAAGGAAAUAGUUUUUAAAAAAUAUUAAGGGAUACUAAAUGACUUUUGAAGGUUCCUUCCUUCCAGCACAUUUUUUUUCAAAUUCAGGUUGGAACAAAAAUCAUGUUGUAAAGAACACUAACAGUAUCAUUUGGGUUUCACUCCACAUCUAGACAGCUUUAGCUCAAAAGACAUUUUUUGUGUGUUUUAAAUAGGAUAUGCGUGAAUGAAAUGAAUAAAGACCUGCUUGGAUGUUAUUUUUAAUUUGACCUCGAAAAUCAAUUGAGACUUGAACACAAGUGUGUUCAUCUUGAAGAAUGUAUAGUGUUAUAGGGUAUUUGAGGGUUUUGCUUUAAAUAUAAAAUAUUGAUAUUUAGAUGUACAAACUUCCACAGAGAGGAUCUGAGAGAUUGAACAUUUAGAGAAUAGAUCUUCCAUUUCUUAAGCAGGAUGCUUCUGAAAUUGAUGCAACAGAAUAUUAGCUGGAGGAUGAUGGGGAAAUUGUUCUAUGAACUGCUGAUAUUGUUGUUGUUGUUUUAAGUUGUAUUCCACUGGUGUUUGUAAUGCUUGAAAAAUCCAAAUUUCUCUUGGAUACAUUUAAUUUUAUGCCUUUUUCUCUCUACCUCCCUCUUUUGCCACACACACUCGUCUACAUUUUGUUACUGUGAAAAGCUUUCGCCCUAUUACCUCACUGAUAAGAAAUUUAACUGUUUUCAUUCAGAGUGCUUUAAACUUAUUCAUAAACUGUUUAUGAACUUUUAAAAUUUUGUUACUAUUAUAAAAAUAUUUAAGAUUUCUUAUAAGAAGUAAUUUUAAAUCUAUUUCAUAGCCUGUUUUAGUCUGUCUGGAUACGACUAUAUGUUAAUUUAUUAUAGUUUUUUACAAUUCACUUGUUUUCUGAGCUUACUCUAGAAACUGAUGAGGAAGUAGUCAUUCUAAUUAAAAUGGGCACUUAUUCUAAAAUUUCAUUUGAGAUUUCCUUGUAUUUUGGGCAGCCAAAGUGCACAAUUUGAGGAAAUCUUUCUUACAUUUGUCUCUCAAAGCAUUUUACCAUUAAUCAUAAGUCUAAAUAAAAAGAAGAGGCUGUUUCAUUGUUUGACUCUACAAAGCAUGACUUUAGUUCCAUUUGGAAACAUAGUUAAUGUUGAUUAUUGGUUAUUUUUAAAUAUUCACAUACUAUUACAUUCACUAAGAUAUCUUUCCUCUUGGUUAAGUCAAGACUUUGUACUUAAAGAAGAGAACCUACAAGAAUGAAUAAAGUGGCCAAUAUAUGGGGCAAAGGGACAUAUCUAGAGUUUGCUUCUCAGUUUUUUUUCACCAGCAGAACCCUAAAUCAGAGGAGCAUGAAGGAAGGGGAAGGAGGCCUGAGAGCAAAAUCGGAAGCAGCCUACCACUGAUGAUGAAAUUUCGUGUUCUGGCUUUAAUUUUGCCUUCUCCUAAUAAAACUAUUUAAUAUAAAAGUGAAAUCUUCAAUCUUGAAUGAAACUGGUUUACCAGAAAGGAGCAUUGUGUUUAUCACAUGGCCUCUCAAUUUUCUCCCUCAUUGCCCCCAUGCCCAAUUGCUGCAUAUCCCAGUACACAAUUGACUCUAGUGUGAGAAACAUAAGCAUAAAACAUAUCUAGGAUAUUCCCUGCCCUUUAGAAGCUGACCUCCUAAAAUAUUAACCCCUAGUUUACUAACCUGCAACAUUUAUGUUAUAUUUGAACCUUACAAGAUAGUCUGAGGUGUUGGCCUGUUUGUUCUCUUCAAUUCCUUGGCAUUCCUUGAUGAAGAAGGAGCAUCCACCUGUCAGCUCCCUAAGAGUGAGAAUCAUGGCUCACUUUUCCUAUCCACACUACCUACCUAAGUUCAGUAACUAAACAAUAUUAUUUUAAAGACAUGAAUAGUUUUAAAAAGUAAUUAAAAUUUUGACUUUCUAAUUCAGUUUUUAAUGACUCUCAUUACUGAACUUUAUAAUAAGUGAUAUUUACUAAGAAUGCACACCCUUAAAUACUCAGCUUCUUUUGAGAGAGCAGAGCAUUUUUCUAUGUGGAAAUUGUAUAUAAUGUUAGCAUUUUACAUCAAAAGCAAGGUGUUGACCAGGAAGGCUCAGAAUGUAUCUCUUUAGGCUUAAUAUCACUAGUCUAAUAAAGCACCAUUUUGAGCCUAUUAGUACUACCUUCCAAAUGUGUCACGACUAAUUUGGUACUAUUUGGUAUAUAUUUGUCCAGCGUUAUGAUUCAUCGUGUGCCACUCAGGCAAGAAUCUGCAUCUAUGUAUGGUGAGGUCUUGUUAUAGGUUAGAAUAAACUCGUGGUAUACAUCAUUGAAAAUACCAGGUAAAAUAUGUACAGUUAAGAAUGAAUUAUUUUUCUGACUAAGUAUGUAGAAAUAGUUCAAAAUUGUGCCCUUAUUUUAACAAUUUCUGUCAACAUCUCAUUUUCCCCAACAAAAUACCAGGGUGUAUUAUAAAUACUGCCUAUGAGAAUUUGCACUUUAUGUAUUUGUGUGUGGAUUUCUUGUGGUUUUAGCCAAAUAAAGUGUUAUCAGUAAUAAACAGGUCUCUUCAUAA